AUGUUGAGAAAUAGAUUAGAGCUUGAUAUUCCGUAUUAUGAUUAUGGUUUUGCCAUUGAAGUCCAAGGGGAGCAACACGAAAAAUUUAAUAAGUUCUUUCAUAGAGGUGAUCCCAAUAACUUUAUCAAACAGCAGGAACGAGAUCAACUCAAGAAAGAAUUAUGCGAAGAAAACCGGAUUGCCUUAAGCUACGCUUCCUCAGGAUAUACGGUACAGAGAAAAAAAAUCAUAUUCUCCCUCGAUGCUAAGCUUCGAGCCUGUGAAAAUGCGGAUUUAUAUAGAGUUUGGGUUAAUGCAUGGCAGGCUAUUUACAUAUGGACAUGA